AUGGCAGCGGACCUGGGUGGAUGCCCUGGCGAUGGCGAACUGCUGCAGGUGGCCUUGCUGAGUGGCCGGAAGAUUCAGCUUGCAGUGCAGCGCGAGACCACCUUCAAGGAGGUCAAGGAGGCAGCUGAGAACGAGCUGGAAGUUGGCAUUAGGCACUUCGUCCGUGAGGAUGGCACAGUCAUGGGUGAGGCACACAUGGCAUGGACCAUCGCGAAAGUGGAUUUGCACGAGGGCGAGACGCUUCAGGCUGUGGCCGGCUACCACCUCAGGAUCAGGCGCGACGCCCAAGUCUUGGUGGACAAGAUUGUUUCCGUGAACCGCAGAGGCUUCAGAAACAUCACGAAUGACCUGGCAGGCAUUCAGCUGCAAAAUGCCGAGGAGUUGAAGUGCAUUGUCCAAGUCAUCUUCAAAAAAGCCAUAGCAGAGCCCUCCUGUGUCGAAACCUGCGCGCGGCUGGCUGGUACGUUGAAGGGAUGCUAUCCUGAGUUCCCACCCGAAAGCGACAGUCAGAAGCCGUUGUCUUUCACCCGUGCGCUGCUCACCAUUUGCCAGGAGGAGUUCGAGAGCAUGGCGGCAGCCUUUGAGGCUUUGCGAGAGGAUGGGACCAAGUCUCUGAGUUCGGAGGCCUUGCAAGCGGAGCUUAAGAGUCAGAAGGAUAUGAUGCUUGCGUGCAUGGCUUUCGCCGGCCACCUGUUCUUACAGCGGCUUUUGCCCAUGAAGGUCAUUGAGCAAGCCACGAAUGAUCUGAUAGGAACUAGAGAAGACGACCAGUCUCCACCCGAGGAGCACUUGAUCGAGUGUGUUGUGGAGCUAUUGACAUUGGUUGGGCAGACUCUGGACGACUGCGUGCCACACGGUGUGAAUGUGAUGAACGCGUGUGCAGCGCGGCUGCGCGAUCUUGCCAGGCUUCGCGCGGAAGGCAAGCGCGUUUUUUCUAGCCAAAUUCGCAAUGCCAUCCAUGACCUGCUGGAUUGGCGCAGGAACAAUUGGCAGCCUCCAAUGCGGUGGGAGCAUCGCGCCGAGCACGCAUUGUAA